CAGCACGUUCUGCGGGGCCCACGCGGUGCCGGAAGGAAAGACGGCGGAAGAGGCGGUGCGUGACGUCGUUGAAGCGCAAUUACCCGCAGUCAUGCAGGAGCGUGCCGAGGGGAGGAAUGAUGUGCAGAAUAUAGACGUCUUUUGCGAAAUUGGCGCCUUUGACCAUGACCAGUCGCGGCGUGUGUUGGAGGCCGGAAGAAAAUCAGGGCUAAUGAUUAAUUUUCACGGCGACGAACUGUCAUACGUCGCGUCGGGUGAGCUUGCCGGCGAGCUUGAGGCACAGGCGGUUUCCCACCUGGAGCACGUUAGCGACGAGGGCAUUGCUUGCAUGAGCAAAAGGCCGACCUUUGCCGUGUUGCUCCCCAUGACGGCAUAUGUCCUUCGCAUUGCCCCACCGCCUGCUCGUAAACUUAUUGAUGGCCACGUCCCUGUGGCUCUCGGCAGCGAUUUCUGCCCCAAUGCACACUCCUUGUCUAUGCCACACACGAUGAAUGUGUCGUGUGUGUUGAUGCACAUGACGGUGGAGGAGGCACUUGUUGCUGCGACAAUUAACGCGGCGGGCAGUUUGAACAUGAGUGAUCGCUGCGGCAGCCUUGAAGUGGGCAAGUGGGCCGAUGUCGUUCUGCUGCAUGCCCCACGAUGGGAGCAUGUCGUGUACCAGAUGGUUGAUCCCCCGAUUGAGGCGGUGUACAAGAAGGGCAGGCUUGUGUACAGCAAGAAGCUGCCUUGA